UGCCCCGCCCCCGGUCGGGUUGCCCUGCCUCUCGCCUGAGCUCCUCUCCCACUCUGACGCACCUCGGGAAAGAGUGGGUCGCUUCCCAAAAUGGCGAGCUUACUGAAGGCGGUGGCGGCUGCUUCGGGCGCAGUAGGGCUUUUUUCCAGACUUCAGACUUCACCUCCGAAAGUAAAAGCUCUUUCCACAUCACAGUCCUCGCAUCAAGUGGCAGGUCCUGUGUGGAACCUGGGUCGACUCAAUCAUGUAGCAAUUGCAGUGCCAGACUUAGAAAAAGCCAAGGCAUUUUAUGAGAAUGUUCUGGGGGCCCAGGUAAGUGAGGUGGUCCCUGUUCCUGAGCAUGGUGUAUCUGUUGUUUUUGUCAACCUGGGAAAUACCAAGAUGGAACUGCUUCAUCCACUGGGAAAUGACAGCCCAAUUGCAGGUUUUCUGCAGAGAAACAAGGCUGGAGGAAUGCAUCAUGUCUGCAUUGAGGUGGAUGAUAUAAAUGCAGCUGUGAUGGAUUUGAAAGAGAAGAAGAUUCGUAUUCUAAGUGAAGAUCCCAAAAUAGGAGCACAUGGAAAACCAGUGAUUUUUCUCCAUCCUAAAGACUGUGGUGGUGUUCUUGUGGAAUUGGAGCAAGCUUGAUUUAUGUUUGCAAGAAAAUUAAAAAUUCCCAUCAACAUAUACUGAAAAACCCCAUCAAAUUAUACUCCAGCAUUGAAUUCUUCACUCCUUCUAUCAAUGAAAAGUUCAAAAUUAAAAGCCAAAUUAAAGAGAUUUUUUAAAUUAUA